AUGGUCUGUGCCUCAGAGAUCACCUGACAGGAAAUAAUGCAACUCUUACUGUAACAGGAAGAACAAAAGGCAGAAUUUUGUCCAUUAAAUGGCUGAUGUAACCUAAUAUGUAUGUGUGCCUUUGUUCGUGUGCACCAUAAAUCCCAGGAGGCGGGCCUUAAUACAAUUUUCUAUUUAGGAUUCCCCAAUAGCACAUACUACUAAAAAAGUAUAUCUAUAUAAAAAUAGUUUAUUAGAUCCCUAAAGGCCAGUUCAGAAUGGGUUCUCUUCCCUGCUCUGCCAUGAAAGCGGACAUUUUACACAUCUUUUUAAUAUGUCCCCAAAUUAAAUAAUUGUGGUCAAAGGUCACCUCGUACUGGACACAGGCCGCUGCUAAAUCAUCCCUUAUGAACAAAUCUGAAAAGCAAUUAGCAGCAGCAGCCCGAAAGACAAUCUUACACCAAUGGCUUUCUACACCAUGUUUCCAUUUGCACUGGAUAGAAAUAACAAGAUCAGUACAAAGAUUAGUCGACACUAACAACAAUGCCAGGCUGCUAUAAGUACAGCAGAAUAAAUGAUCAGCAUUCAACGGGUCUCAUUUAGGCAAAAAUUUAUUGUGCUCAACAUUUUUGCUCAUACAGUGUACAACAGCAUUUUAAACAGGAAAGGAUGCCAACAAUUUAAAGACCCAACCUCUAUAUUCCUAGAGAUGUUUGUACUAGAGUGGUUUAUUUAGUAGGUUAUUAUUGUAAAGGCAAGAGCAACACACACCUCAUUUGUUUGCAAUGUCUGUGGUCAAAGAAAAUAAAUUAAAUAUGUGUGUAUUUUAAUGCCAAUAAAAUACAUCUGUGUUAUAAUACAGAGUACAUACAGAGAUUAAUUGGGCUCAGGUGUAAAGCUUGGGAGACAAUCAUUAUUAACUUCAAAGGAUAGUCUAGUGCACAAUUAUCUCUCCUGCUUUGUGAUUAUACGUGCGUACAUAUUUAUUAGCAAAUCAAUAUUUUCUAUGAAAUUCGAAAACAAAAUGCUAUAUUUGAGUAUGCUAACUGAAGAAACAAGCAGAGGUUUUUUUUUACUUUGUAUAUUCAAAACAUGUUCUUAUUGCUUGUUGUUGUAGUCAUGCAAGUAAAUGUGCAGUUACUAUUUUUUUAACAUUUCAUAAGGCCUUUCAAUGUCAGUUAUGUUUUCUUGAGCUUUUGCUAUUGCAUUAUUAUGCUGUGCUCCAAGGUUAAAGACAUUCAAAACUGGCCUGUGUAAUAAUGAUGUCACAUGAAGGUGGUAACUAGAGUUUGCAACAUUUCAUUAAAGGAAAGUGCAUAGAGACUACAGUUACCAUGAUCGUCCAUGGUAUAAACAACUGCAGCUAUUAGUUAAAUAAGUCUUGCUGUUGACACUGGCACUAAAAAAGCUGUGAUAUUUCUAAAUAUUUCUGGAAUAAUCUAAUUUAAAUGACUACAAUCUGAUGAUUUUUUCACUGUAAAUUAGAACAGGUGACAAUAAGAAAGUAUGAGCAUUUAUUGACUGGGAAGUCCAACUAGGAAUUGCUAUUUUUUGCUAUUUUUGUUUCAUUCGAGCCCCCACCUUGCUACUUUGGCCAGCAGUAGAACCAACCUCACAAAUGUGGAACAUGUGUACUAAAUGCUCAAAUUACUGUCUUAUUCUCAUGAUUCCCCUAUCUAUAUUUACCCACAUGCAACAGGAUCAUGCAGGCUAGGAAUAAAGACUGGAACCAAUGUACAUCCACUUAACCAACCUAUUCAGCAUUACGUUUAUUAAUACAACAGAAUCACCUACAGUUUAACAGCAGUAAAGUUUGGUAAUUAAUACAUUUUUGUGGCACACUGAAAUUUUAAUGGGUGACCCAGUACAUUGUGCACAAAAUUCCCAUUCAAUAAUGACCACACUAAGGGGCAGAUUCAUCAAACUACGAGUUUGAAUCCCGAAAUGGGUAAAAAAAAUCGGAAUAGUCCGAAAGUCACACAAUUUUCUUAUCCAAACGAUCGUAAACAGCUGGAAAAUUUAACAAUUUUGUCACGGAAAAUUUGUCACGUAAAAUCUGACGCACAGUACUAUAAAGUCACGCAAAUUAAUGAAAAAAUGCAGAAAAUACGCACAGUUCUAUAAAUUAGAAAAGAUACAAAUUUUUGGUUUUCGGAAGCAAUCAUGUUUGGUAAAUGUGCCCCUAAAUCUAUUUUACAGGCACCAGACAGCUAACACCUAUGCAGAUCCAACAUCAUAUUUCACUUACUAGAAAGUAAAAAGCAAUUGUGUGUAAAUGCCUGUUUGAUUUUGAAGAUAAUUAGAAUUCAAUUUAGAAUGAACACAAUUUGUUACUCCCCUAAUCCUGCUCUGUAUAAAACAUGUAGAUCACUGCAUUAUAGCUUGUAUUGUAUUUUGAUAAUAACUAUUUGAUAUUGAAGCAAAGGUUCAGAAACCAUUUUCAUAGUUUUGUGACAUCUUUCUGUUCUGUUACAAAAGAAUGUGAUUUUUAAAUUGAUUUUUUCAUUGGGCAUUUAGGUAUUUCGUACAUGGUUGUCAUGUUCAUAGCCUGUUGUUCAGCUACUCUCCUCUGUGCCUCGAAUUUAGGACUUGGGUUAAAAGCUUCAGCCCAUAAUGAGAACGGCAACCUGUAUGUAGCAGAGAUGGCACUCAGACUUUAUGCUCUUCUAUCCUGUUUCUUGCGUAUAUCAGUAAAUAAAAUCUAGGCUCCUAUUCCCUGCUAGGGUACUAUACAUUCUGGGUGGAGACUUUGCACUUGGUGUUUCCAUUUCUCUUUAUCUAUCCUGCUGAAUGAGGCAGACAGUUGGCAGAUCUAGGACACUCUAUCGUCAGUGCUGUGCCAUGAUUGGGAAUCAGAGAAGUGGGAAAAGUGAAUUAUUCACACCCACAGUCCUAUCUUCUUCUUCUCUGAAGAGCAAGAUUACCCUCAUUCACAACAAAAUGCCUAGAAAACAGAAGAAAGUUCAUCAGGAGGAUGAAAGGAGCAUCUAUGAUAAUCACAGCUGCUGUCAACCCUCCAAAUUUGGGAGCAACCGUACUGUAAGAAGGAUAUUGACAGCCUGUUUGGUCUCCCUGGUCACCCUUCUUGGAUCUUUCUCCAUUGGCCUGAGCACCUGUAUUAAGGAAUGGCAGAACACAGAGGCAGCUAUACAAAGACUUUCAUCCUGUACUAAUGUUUUAGCUAUGAGAUUUAUAGAUUUCCUUCAAGAACAACGAAAGCACUGUUGUCUUGACAGCCUAAAUUCCACUGCCAAAUUAAAUUUAAUAAUGGAAAAAGUAGAUUUGUUUUGUAAUGGAACACAGGAGAUAUAUAAUUAUGGCAUCAGGUGCAAGGAGACCACUGAUGUCAGUUAUUCAUGCAAGUUAUUUGCCAACAAAGUGAUAAUGAGGUUUGAUAACAUAACAGAAUAUAAUGACAUAUUUUCCCCAGUAAUAGCUGAAAUUUUAGAUGAGUUCAGCAACCCAGAUGAAGAUUUACAAAUACCUAAGGAAAAUCCUGUUUGGGCUGAUGUGCUGUCUCUACAUCUUCUGGUGAGGGCAAAAGAGACUAUUAACAAAAGGAGGAAUUUUCUACAUUUGCCUGCAGAUCUUAAGAUGUUUUCAUAUCAAAUUAUUACCAUGCUAAAUAUUGCUAUUUUUACUUCUGAUACAUUAUACAGAUGUUGGAAAGAUAAUAACAACCUAUCAGUCUACCUGACAAAAUUUCAGAACAUUUCUCUUCUUCUUUCAUUCAGUGGCCAAACUUCUAUGCUUUGUAACCCUGCUCUGACCACUGACCUAAAUUAUGUACAGGAGUGUCUGCACAAAAAUGCCAAUAAAAAGCUAAGGGAUAAAUCAAAAGAAAUUCUGUCCACGAUCAGCCUUAAAAUAUCUCUUUUUACUGUUGCUUGCUUUAUGUAUCCACUUGUCCUAGUGUCAUUUAAACAGAUGACAGAGUGGAUACAGAAUUAUGCCAUUAACCUUAAAGAAAGGACAGAAGACCUUAAAAAAGAGAGGCGACUGGCUGAAGAUCUUCUCCAUCAGAUGUUACCUAAGUCAGUGGCAAAACAAUUAAGGAAACACAAGCACGUUGAGGCUGAAAGUUAUGAGCAAGUUACCAUAUUCUUCUCGGAUAUUGUGGGUUUCACUUUGAUUUCUGCAUCGUGUACUCCUCUGCAAGUGGUGGAAAUGCUCAAUAGUCUAUAUGUCUGCUUUGAUAGUAGAAUAGAGUCUUACAAUGUCUACAAGGUGGAAACUAUUGGAGAUGCCUAUAUGGUGGUCAGUGGCUUACCAGAGAGAAAUUACAACAAACACGCUGACGAAAUUGCAAAAAUGUCCCUAGACUUGGUGGCAGCAGUUCGCCAAGUGAUUAUACCUCAUUUGCCAAAUGAGAGGCUGCAGCUGAGAGCUGGAAUUCACACAGGACCCUGUGUUGCUGGAGUUGUUGGCUAUAAGAUGCCUCGCUACUGUCUAUUUGGGGAUACUGUGAACACAGCCUCUCGCAUGGAGUCUACUAGCCUGCCUCAAAAGAUACACAUUAGUUCUGCAACCUAUCAAGUACUACUUGUUGAUGAUGCUUAUGAAAUUGAACUUCGAGGGGAAAUAGAAGUGAAGGGCAAAGGAAAAAUGAAAACAUAUUGGCUUCUUGGAAACAAAAACUAUAGUGUUCAAAAUGACAGCUUGGUUUGCCACUGGAACCCAGAAAUCUCUCGGAGGAAAAAGUUGGAGAAUAGUCUGGGUUCUACCCAGCAGUCUUUAUCAAGCAAUGUCCUUUCAGACUCAAGCCGGGUAAAUACACCUCGAAUUCCAGAGGAAUUAGGUAUACAUGAUCCAUUUAAAGGAUCUCAAAGCUUGGCAAUAAAAAUGGCGGUAUCCACUGGUGAUUCGCUAUCAGCACAAAAGAAGUUUCUACCACUACAUCAGCAAAUGCCUGAAAAGGCUUCUUUGUUGGAACUGCCUGUUUCAAUAAGGCCAGAGACUGAAACAUACGGAAAAGAAACCACAGAGAAAAGAUUUAUACUUCCAGGGGUUGUAGAAGAAUUCUGAAUUUCCUAAAAUUGUUUAGAUUUAUAUUGAUAAGCGAAGGCAAAAACAUACAAUGUUUUGAGGAUCACCAACAAAGAUGCUUUACUACACAGAGUGUCAAAGCAAUUCUUGGAUUUGAAUUUGACUCCAUUUGUCAUGUACCAUUUUGAAUGUCUGUAUCUUUUAACAGCUUUUUUUUACCAAUACAUUUAAAAUAAACUUUAUUUCCUUG